UCAUUCUCUUCAGUUCUUCUCCAUUAUAUUUCUUUUCCACUCGUUAAAUCCCCAAUUUUGCUUUUCAAAACUCUCUCUCUCUCUCUCUCUCUCUCUCUCUCUCUAGAUAUAUAUAUCUUUUUUCUCAUAAACUUGAGAACUUUCUUUGAUUGGCUUUGUGAUUAUAUAAAUUCUAUUUGCAUACAAAAAGAAGUGAGUUUGUGAUUAUAUAAAUUCUAUUUGCAUACAAAAAGAAGUGAGUGAAAGGAAAAUGGGUUUUGUUGUGGUGAUAUCUUUGCCACUGAUCAUCUUUGCAAUCAUACUUGGUUUUGGAUGCUACUUCCUCGGAAGAGCCAAAGGCCGGCAAGACAUGCGCACCGGCGUCGGCGCUCAGGUUUACGGCUCUCCAACGCCGCCGCAGGGGAUCACCGGACCGGAACCUCACUCUUCUUCUACUGUCACUCAAAUUCAUACCAAGGAAGGUCCUGAUAAUGUUUGAGGCAUCAACAAGAGUAUUCACAAUAAUGUUCUUAGAGCUCUUUGUUAUCUAAUGUAUCCAGCUGAGCUUGUGAUUAUUCUGUUUGUGUGAUAAUAUUGAUAUUUGAGUUUGUAAAUUUUCAUAAUUUUAUUAUUGUUUAAUAUUGUUUGUGAUAAAUAUAAAUUUUAUAAUUUGGGUUCAA